AGUGCCACCACCUUGCCAUUCCGUGCAGCGUGUCUUGGGGAAAAACCAACUUAUUUUAUUUUGGAUACAACUAAACUUGGAGUUCCCCCCAAAAUCGAAGGCAAACAGAGGCAUCUUAUCUCUUGCUGACAUCGUAAAAUCGAGUAGUAUACUGAAACUCGGUCACGAUGAAGAAAGUGCUAUUGACGAAAUCGCAGCACAUACAGCCAGUUGUCGCUGGCGGUUCGGACCUUUUGCUGAGCAGACAAGCAGCAGUAGUUCGGGUUUCCAUUCCCGCUCCACUGGGCACUACCACCUACAUCCAGCGCAAGUCCUUCCAGCCGGUCUACGAGGAUAUUUUCAAAUUACUCAUGCGAAUUCCCGAUAAAGCCCUCGUUCAACGGGUGAUCGACGCGAUGAACGGGCAUAACAAUAGCGAUAAGAUCGCUAUCUCGUAUCAGGGUAAACAAUGUUCUUGUGGGGCCCAAAAAGUUGAUGCCUCGACGCAAACUGAAACGGAACCCGAUGAAAAACCUAUAAAAUCAAUAGAAAAGCCUGCCAUUAAGAAUGAAUCAUCAGAAUCUACGGGGAAUACCACUACCACUCAGGAGAGUUCAAGUUCCACCCCUGUGGAAUCACUUUUAGAGCCCAUAAAAGUUCCUAAAAAGCGCGGAAGAAAGCGAAAUACCUGCGUGCCACAGGUGGUCAAGAGAUCAGCGGCUGAAAUGGCCCUCCAGGAGCGAGAGGAAAAGCAGCUGACACCUGUGGUCACCAAGAAGAAAAAGCAAGAUGUUUCUAAAUCCUCAAGUUCGGGGGAAAACCGAUUUUCGAAAGCAACCCCUCAGCGUCGUCAGUCCGUAUUGUCCGAUAUAUCCCUAGAUUUGGAUGAGCUCACCCGGGUGGAAGACUAUAUAAAUGGCAGCAGUAAAGACCGGAUUAUACGAAUAAUGGCCAAUGAAUUCAAGAAGGCCCGUAUAGUGUCCGAAGAAGGAUUGCUACCCAUCCAUGACGAAAUACUAAACGGAGAUGUUUACGGCGUAAAGCGUCAGAUGUUCGUCUGCCAUCACGCCAACGUUGAUAUCAAUGAGCUGGUCAGCUCCGAUGGCGAAGAUUGCCUGGAACUCGCCCUGACGCACGACUCGGAUACGGAGAUUAUAUCGCUUAUUUUGCGGGCUGGCUGCCAGACCGAUCACCUCUAUGAGAACUCAAAUACAGCUCUCCACCUGGCGGUGAUAAACAAUAUAAAUAUCGAGUCGAUUAGGUUACUGAUGCGGCGCAUCGAUCUUAAUAGUCUACUGCUAACAAACGAUGAUGGUUAUACAGUUUUGCAUCUGGCAGUGCGUAAUAAUCAGUUCCUGGUUGCAGAAGCAAUAUUGGAUAUAAUAGAUGAGCGGGAAUUGGGGGAAACAGUGUACAGGAGAACGCAGGAGGUUCCUAAUGCCAAUGAAAGCGAUGAGAAGGCUUUCGCCAGGUACUACGAUCGUGCCUGCGAAAGACUGGAGUUGAGUAAAUCCAAGUUGAAGAACCGUCGACAUAAAAUGGAAGUGAUUAAUGCCUCCGAGGUAAGGGGUGGCAAUCCGCCCCUUUUCUACGCCGUCGAAGGAGAGCAGGAACACCUAUGCUAUUUCCUGCUGGCACACCUGGCCGAUCCGGAUGAGGAGAACUUAAGCAGGCAUUCCCCGAAAUCGUUUCACUACGAGUAUGCUCGUACGUUGCGCAUUAAUCUGAAGGUGGCCCGCAUCAUGGAGAAAGUAGUUGGCAUUUUGAAUACUUGACUUAAAUGUGCUGAUGUAAAUAUACAUAUAUCUGUUCGUUAA